AUGACCAACUUCAAUUUGUCUUUGCUCGACCCGCCUCACUCGCCUUCGCCUGAGGCUGAGGCGCCUAUCGAGGCUGCGCUGGUGGCUGAGGAGCCAGCACAGGAAAUUCCUGAGCCUGCUCCCAUUGUCGAGUCCGCUGGCAACUGCAUCCUCUGCAUUUGGAAUGUGCUCCAGUGGUCAUGGCUCUGCGAGUGGGCACACUUUGAGGCUAAUGUGCGUAUCUGCACGGACAACGCAUUGGAAGCGGAGGUGCUCCUUCCGAUCGGCGAUGAGGAGAAGGAGGUUCUGCAGGAACUCAACAAGUGGGUCGGAGUGGCGAGGAAAAUGGUGAGCGGGUGGAAGGAGGUGGUGGAGAAGAUUAUGGCGGAGGCAUGCGCAGCUCGCACGGCGAAGGAGAAGGGGAAGGGAAAAGAGAGGGAGGAGAACCCAGACAUAGGUAAACCUAAAGCUGGUGGGCGUAUGUCGACUGCGCCAAAGAUGCUUGACCCUCCCUGCGAGAACUGCAUGCAGCACAGGGUCAAGUGCUCGCAGGGCAAGAAUGUGUGCUGCAGGCCUUGUGAACGCUCACACCGAGUGUGCAACUUCACUACCAAGCGCAAGGCAUCUGAAACUGCGGUGGCGCUGCGCAAGGUGCCUCACGUGGCUGAAGAGCACAUUCCGAUGGUCAAGCUGACCACAGUCGAUGAUGCCGAUGACUCUGGCGAGUCUGAGGUGGAGGUUCAGGAAGCACCAAAGAAGGUGCACCCUGCGCCCAGGCCAGUAAAGCCUUUGCCCAUGCACGCCGCCGCAGGGCCUUUGAGGAUUCAUGCCGAUGAUUCGGACAACAAGCGCCUUCACGCCGACAACAAACAUCUGCAGAAGGAGGUUGAGAAGUUGCGCAGUUCGCAGGAUGAUUACGACUGCUUCGUGUGCAACCUGAACUAUCAGGCACGCAAGCAGCAGCAAGAGCUCAUCGCGAUGAGCAACCGGCUUUACUCAUUCUCAGAUGAAUGGAGGGUGAUGGGGCAGGAGAUGGAUGACUUCGUUGUGGGGCAGGAGCAGCCGCGGAAGUAG